CGUGCCAUUUUAUUACUAAUGGACAUAUCUGGAAAUUAAAAUGUCAUCGAUGUACGGGACAGUAUCGCGUUUCUGAGGAUGCUAGUGGUGAACAUUUACGUGUGUUUCACCGGAAAAGUGCUGUUUUAGUCACUGAAGCUUCCUUAUAGUAAAUCAGAUGAUUGGAGCAGCUGUGCGCUCGCGCUUAAGACUGCAGCUGUCAUUGAUCUUUUGAACAGAACACAGGUAAAUAUGAUGUGCGAGGUAAUGCCCACGAUCAGCGAGGACACUGCGUUGAGCCAGCGUGGCUCCCAGAGCAGCGCCUCCGACCCGGACUCACACUUCGAGCAGCUGAUGGUGAACAUGCUGGACGAGAGGGACCGUCUGCUGGACACCCUGAGAGAGACACAAGAGAGCCUGGCCCUCGCCCAAGAACACCUGCAGGAUGUCAUCUACGACCGAGACUCACUGCAGCGUCAGCUCAGCUCCGCACUGCCACAGGAAUUUGCCGCCCUGACAAAGGAGCUGAACGCCUGCAGAGAACAGCUGCUGGAGAAAGAGGAGGAGAUUUCUGAGUUGAAGGCUGAAAGGAACAAUACCCGACUGCUGUUGGAACAUUUGGAGUGUUUGGUGUCACGGCACGAGCGUUCCCUGCGCAUGACGGUGGUGAAGCGACAGGCUCAGUCUCCUUCAGGAGUGUCCAGUGAGGUGGAGGUUCUUAAAGCCCUCAAGUCCCUGUUUGAGCAUCACAAAGCAUUGGAUGAGAAGGUACGAGAGAGAUUGCGGGUAUCACUUGAGAGGGUCUCUGCCUUGGAGGAGGAGUUAACCGCAGCCAAUCAGGAGAUUGUAGCCUUGAGAGAACAGAAUGCCCACAUCCAGAGGAAGGUGGCAUCAGGAGAGGGGGGUGAAGACUUGCUGGAGGGCACUGAUGCCCAGAAAGUGCAUGGCAAGAGGUUGUCUAAUGGGUCGAUGGAGUCAGGUGAUGAGGCCAGUCAAGUGGUAGAGCUGCAAGAAUUACUGGAGAAGCAGAACUAUGAGCUGGCACAGAUGAAGGAGCGCAUGUCCUCACUGUCCUCACGUGUGUCUGAGGUGGAGCAGGAGCUGGAGACGGCACGCAAAGACCUCAUCAAGAGUGAAGACAUGAACAACAAGUACCAGAGAGAUAUUAAAGAGGCGAUGUGUCAAAAAGAAGACAUGGAGGAACGGAUCGUGACUCUUGAAAAGCGCUAUCUCAGUGCGCAGAGAGAGUCCACGUCGCUACACGACAUCACAGACAAGCUGGAAAACGAACUGGCCAAUAAGGAGGCAUUCCUAAGACAGAUGGAGGACAAGAACAGGCAGUUACAGGAGCGCUUGGAGUUGGCGGAACAGAAGCUCCAGCAGACUAUGAGGAAAGCCGAGACACUGCCUGAGGUAGAGGCUGAACUAGCGCAGAGGAUAGCAGCUCUCACUAAGGCGGAGGAGCGGCACGGGAGUAUCGAGGAGCGUAUGAGACAUUUAGAAGGACAAUUGGAGGAGAAGAACCAGGAACUGCUCAGGGCUCGACAGAGAGAAAAGAUGAACGAAGAGCACAACAAGCGUCUCUCAGAUACAGUUGACAGACUUUUGACCGAGUCAAAUGAACGAUUGCAACUUCAUCUGAAAGAAAGGAUGGCCGCGCUUGAGGAGAAGAAUGUUUUAAUACAAGACUCUGAGAGUUACAGGAAGCAGUUGGAAGAUUCCAUUCAAGAAAAGUCUCAUCUCUCGGAGGAGAUGGACAAAAUGAGAUCUGAACUGGAUCAGUACCGGCUGAGGACUGGAUCCCUUACAGAGCCCACACUGUCACGGUCCCAUCUGGAUGCAUCCGGAGAUUUGCGUUUCUCUCUGGGUUCUCUAGCCGAGAUGCAGUCGGAUCACUACCGCUCCACCAAGGUGAUCCGCAGGCCCAGGAGAGGACGCAUGGGUCUACGUAUAGAGGAACAGAAGGCUAAGUCUCUGGGCGAACAUGAAUGGCGCUCUCAGCAGCUUGGCGUUCUAGGAGGCCACCCGUUCGAUAGUGACACGGAGAUGUCAGAUAUCGAUGACGAUGACCGUGAGACCCUCUUCAGCUCCAUGGAUCUCCUGUCUCCUGGAGGACAUUCAGAUGCUCAGACUCUGGCUAUAAUGCUGCAAGAACAGCUGGACGCCAUUAAUAAAGAGAUCCGGUUGAUCCAAGAAGAGAAGGAGUCAACAGAAUUGAGGGCGGAGGAAAUUGAGAACCGUGUGGCCAGCGUGAGUCUGGAGGGGCUUAACCUGGCGCGGGUGCACCAUCCUGGAGCCUCCAUCACUGCUUCGGCCACCGCUUCCUCCUUCGCCUCAUCCUCACCUCCCAGCGGACACUCCACCCCCAAACUCACCCCCCGCAGCCCUGCCCGCGACAUGGAGCGCAUGGGGGUCAUGACGCUGCCCAGUGACUUGCGGAAACACAGGCGAAAGAUUGCAGCAGUGGACGAGGACGGCCGAGAGGACAAGGCCACCAUUAAAUGUGAGACAUCUCCACCUCCCACACCUCGCCAAGUCCGCAUGACACACACGCUCCCCGCCUCCUCGCACAACGAUGCACGGCUGACUGCAUUAGAGAUAGAGGCCAGUGCUCUGAGCAGUGUAGCUAGCAGUCAGGACUCCCUCCACAAGCAGCCAAAGAAAAAAGGCAUCAAGUCCUCCAUUGGCAGACUGUUUGGGAAGAAAGAGAAGGCCAGACUGGGACAACUGGGGAAAGAGAUGGUGGGACCAGGACAAGCAGGGAAUGUAUCUGAUCCUGAGCUUCUGGGUCAGGAUAUUGCAGUGGGAAAGCUGGGAACACAGGCGGAGAAAGAUCGCAGACUAAAAAAGAAGCACGAGUUGUUGGAAGAAGCCAGAAGAAAGGGGUUACCCUUCGCUCAGUGGGACGGUCCUACGGUUGUUGUGUGGUUGGAGCUGUGGCUGGGCAUGCCAGCAUGGUAUGUGGCAGCAUGUCGUGCCAACGUGAAAAGCGGUGCUAUUAUGUCAGCCCUGUCGGACACUGAGAUCCAGAGAGAGAUCGGCAUCAGUAACCCGCUGCACCGCCUCAAACUACGCCUGGCCAUACAGGAGAUGGUCUCACUCACCAGCCCCUCAGCACCCCCUACAUCUAGAACCCCGUCAGGUAACGUGUGGGUAACCCAUGAGGAAAUGGAGACCCUUGCUGCCCCCUCCAAAACGAAGUCAGAGUCAGAAGAGGGGAGUUGGUCACAGACUCUGGCAUAUGGCGAUAUGAACCAUGAAUGGAUUGGGAACGAGUGGCUGCCCAGUCUAGGUCUACCUCAGUACCGCAGCUACUUCAUGGAGUGUUUGGUGGACGCACGCAUGCUGGACCAUCUCACCAAGAAAGACCUCAGAGUGCAUUUAAAAAUGGUGGACAGCUUCCACAGAACCAGCCUGCAGUACGGCAUCAUGUGUUUGAAGAAGCUCAACUAUGACAGGAAAGAGUUGGAGAGACGCAGAGAGAGCAGCCAACAUGAGAUCAGAGAUGUGCUAGUGUGGACCAACGAGCGUGUGAUUCGAUGGGUUCAAAACAUCGGUCUCCGUGAUUAUGCCAACAUCCUGUUGGAGAGCGGUGUGCACGGGGCGCUUAUCGCACUCGAUGACAACUUUGACUACAGCAGUCUGGCCCUGCUGCUGCAGAUCCCCAACCAAAACACUCAGGCGAGACAAAUUCUGGAACGAGAAUACAAUAACUUGCUGGCACUGGGAACAGAAAGACGAUUAGAUGAGUGUGAUGAGAAAGACUUCAGAGGGCCAUCGUGGAGGAGGCAGUUUCCUCCACGGGACGUUCACGGGAUCAGCAUAAUGCCCGGCUCUGCGGAGACCCUGCCUGCGGGCUUCCGUCUCACUGCCACCUCUGCACACUCACGCAGACUGCCACCCGAGGUCCUGUAUGAGGUGAUGGAUGACAGUCCUGACGACAUGUAUUUGGACUGGUUUCAAGUCGGGCCGUCAGCGUUACAGCGUUUGGACAGUUCCACUGUGAGGACAUACUCUUGCUGAGAGAAGACAGACUAUAAGCCAGUCGUACCUUGAAGUUGGGCCUGAAUGAAGAAUGCUGUCGAGUCACACUGCCAAGAGAAGCCCCAGAGGACGGGGCGAGGACGGGUAACGGUGUGCCAGCCCCACACCCCCUCCUCUGCACUGAACAAGCCAAGGCCACAACCCAGGCACCCCCCACAGGUGCUAACACACUCUCACCCUUUCUACUUCAGCUUACAUACUGUGUAUUCUACGGGGGAUGUGUAGGUUCAACUGUAAAUUAAUAUAAAUAAAGCUGUUUUUUUUAUAUAUAUAUAUACACACACACAUGUCUGUAUAAAAAGAUGAACAAAAAAGAUGAAAAUAUUCAGAGUUUGUGCAGAUUAUGUCCCUUAACGUCAUGGUUUCAAAUGAUGCUGCUCUUCGAACUAUUAGCCUAGAUCUGAGAGAUGUUUUGUACAUGCUGUUCGUUCAUGUGUUUUGAGGCCUGUUGUGGUCUGGUGGUUGAAAGCCCCUCCCACUCACAUCCUGCUGUCGGACAAUGAGAGCUGUACUUACCCAUCAUGUCCUACCAGUUGCAUCACUCAUCAUGAAGCUCAAACCUACCAAGGUGUGAGAUUUUAAAGUCUACAUGAAACAGCAUUUGCAACCCAUUUAAGUUCCACAGGAGAAAAAAAAAAACGUAGAGCGCGAUGUGAUUUUAUCCAUCGGGAAUUGGAUCAUAAAACGUUGCUGAUCCAUACUAGAAUGGAGCCAGACGUGAAUACCCAUUUGAAGUGGAUUGUAGAGGACUGCAUGACCCCUGAAACUCUGUGAGCACCCACUUUUUAGGGACAUGGAAAUGCCUCUACAGUAGUAUCCCAAUGGAAACACUGCUUCACGUCUGUUAAUAUUUGCCAUUACUUAUGUUAACGAUAAACGGCAUUCAGUUAGAAAAGGUACAUGAACUACAAGUGUGUGAGUUUACUGAUAACUACCAAAAAUCAGCUUGUUAAAACCAUGUUUACUUGAGAGUCUAAAUCAUAGGCUUAUUCUCUGCUUUUAACGUCACAAUGUUCGGUCAUGCACAGAAUACUUGCGCACAUUGGAUAUAGGGGCAGUCACACUACACUUCGUGCUCCAGUCACUCCCAUUGAAAUGCAACCUCAUGCAAAGAAAUUCUGUACUACGCUGCAUUUCGAAAGUUCAAGUUUGGUGAACACUGAGCUACUAAUCCAUACGACACGAGACCAAUAGAAGAUCGAAAUGUCACACACUGAACUUUUGGUUCAAUACAAAGAAUACAUGUUUAUUGUUGGGGGAAAGGGAGGAGACAGUAUAUUUUAACAUUUUUAAUAUAAUAUUAUUUGUGUGGUGUCAUUUACUUAAACCAGAAGCCCUCACAUGAAAUCAUAUCCUGGUCCGUUGCGUUGUCCGAAAACAAAUUGCGUCCUCAAAGCCUAGUGUGGCCACCCCUUAAGCCAGUAAGACUGCUGCUAAAGGUGUUUACAUACAAUGCAAAAUCAGGGUAAUGGGCAAAAAUCUACAUGUGUCCCGAUUAUUUCCUCACCCUGAUAAAGGAAAACCAUUUAAGGCUUAUUUACAUGACAACAGUGAGUGCGUUUACAUGUACACCAAUAUGCUAAUAGUGACAAAAUCCAACGCAAGAAAAUCUCAUUUACAUGCGAUUUGAAAUAAUCGGGUUAUUCUCUGCUUUUGACAUUACAAUGUAAUCAAGCAUAGAAUGCUCAUGCACAUUGGAUAAAACGCUGGUAACGGUGUUUAUAUGCGACGCAAUAUUGAGGUUAUUGGGGUAAAUCGCGUUUACAUGUCACGUUUAAUCAUCUGGUUUUUCUCUGCUUUUGAUGGUGAAACGAAAACAGGCAUGUGUACAACAUUUGGGCACAUUGUAUAAGCCUGUAAGAAUGCCGGUAAAGGUGUUUACAUGCAGCACAAAAACGGUGUAAGGAAAAUUUUAAGUUGGCACACAAAUAAUUUUUUUGUGCAUGACCUUAAAUGUGCACUCGGUGCCAAAAAUUUGCCUGUUGGUUAAAAUUAUUUUCACCGUCCCAUGCAGCCUAGGUGAUGUCAGUUGAAACAAAAAGUCAUUUUAGGUGAGGCAAGAUACAGAACACUUACAGAAAGUAAAUGUUGAUUUCAUGUUGACUUUAAAGCAUCUAAUCACAGAUAUUAUUGUAUGGCAAGAAUAAAGCAUAACACUUACCAUUUUAGAUCAAAUUGUCACCCAUUGUGGGUAAAACAAAUGUCCCAGGAAAGCACAGCGUGUCUCAUCGCCACUAUGACAUGGACUACUCGCUUUACUCAACACUCUGCGUGAUGGCACACCUGACCACCCAUCAACCAAUCAGCUGGCCUCAGACUCUUGUAGGAGAAAUAACUAAAAGACAGGCUUAGCUCAUAGUGAACUUAGAGUGUAUAUCAACUUGUUGAAGUCCAGAUUAAACUUUUUAAAAGACAAACCUGUUGCUUGCUGUGACUUACUUUGGUGUAAAACUGUUUUCAAACUCUGUUUCUGUCGAGGUCGCAGGGGAAAUCUUGACUUCCUGUCUUUGAGUUAUUUCUGACACAAUCUUCAACAGUUUAUACAUCCCUGUUUUGCACGCACGAGAAUAAUUUGAUUGUGUCCAUUUUUUUUAUUUUUAUUAAUGAUUGUAUUUUGGUCAAAACUAUGUGGUGAUCAAAGAACUUUACAUUGUCAAUAAAAAAAGUACAGUUUAA